AAAUGAGAUUAAAAACUGGAAUCUUGCGCGCGUGCCACAGACACUCAGGGUUGGCGCGUGCCAUAAUCCCCUUUGCGAGGCGUGAGCUGUUUUUGACAACACUGAAGAGUUUUGAACCAGCAGAAUCUCCCGUGCUGUCUCGCUCCCACACAGGAGUCCUCUCAAGUUUCUGUGUCGGGCUCGGUAACGGAGCGUCGCCGUUACUUUCCGCCCCGGAUCCCGCCGCGCUGCUGCUGCUGCCUGUCGGCCAUAUGGCGGCUCCCAGUAAUCUUCUUAGCGCAGCGUUUUCUGAAUGAGAGACGCCGAAGACAAACGUGCUGCUUUGUUGAAGUCAGAGAUAUUUCUUUUGGCUGUCAGACUCUAGAAGGGGAAGCCGCGUUUGGACCCGGAUUGUUGUUUUUCUUUUGUUUGUUUUUGUUGACAGGUGCUGUCAGGAGAGGAGAGGGAGAAAGUGCGCGCCUGCUCUGCUCUCCUCAUGCCAGAGCAACAAGUGUAAUGUUAGUCGACGCUGCACUUGUGAUGGGGACAGAGCUUUGUGCGGGGACUCCACAGAUUGUGAAAUCCUACCUAUCAUGCGAAGGCUUUGGCCGCGGCUGGUGUGUGUAUGUGUGUGAGGCACACAGGCGGUGUAACAGAGAGCCAAGCUUGGGAGCUUCACCCUAGGGGCGGUGGCCUGUAAAAAGUGGCCCUGUAACCCUGGAGCCAUGGAACCAUGACCGUCAUCACUUAUUCAAAUGGUGUUGGAAAGCUCCAAAACAAAGUUCCCGAGCAUCCCUCUUCCUGGCAGCAUGUUCCACGAGGAUCCGGCAUGCUGAGUCCAGAGGUUCCACAAUGUUGUGGAGGCAGAAGGUGUGCAGAGACGAAGAAGGAAGAGAGAAGCAUGCAAAAUGUCAAAGGAAGGUGGCAAAAAUCAAGUAAAGGAGUCAACUUCCCUAAAGAUCUAAAAGGAGGAGAAGUAAAAAGAGAAAGCAUGAAUGAGAUGGAAGUUUCCAGGAUGUUUUUAAAGUCAGAAGAAAGAAGAAUGAGAGGCAGGAAGCUCUGGGACGCGUCUCCUGUCCUCCCACCACUAAGAAACCUGACUGAAUCAAACACAGGGAUGCAGAUCUGCUUCGUUGGUCUGAACUGGCAUCAGUUCCUCGUCUGGUGGUGUCUGCUCUUUCUCAGCCUCUGCACUCCGCUUGCGUCAUCACAGGGCCAUUUUCCUCGUAUGGAGAACAUAGCUGCUUUCAAACCUGUAUCAACGCUUCCGCCUCGACUCACGUGUGGCGUCCCAGAGCAGACCAGCUACUGCCAGUCACCUCUGUCACAGGCCGAGCUGCUAACCUGUUUUCAAGCCUUCUGUGUUCAAGAGUGCCCCUACAGAUCCUCCACACCCCCAUAUGCUCCGCUGCUGCUGGCUCCACACAGAGGUGCCUGUGUAACUGAAGACACUGGAGACCCACAGCGGCCGACUCAGACAGAGACUGGAGGCCCUGAGAGUUCUGGAAGUGUGCUGUUUCAGUCACACCGGGAAGGAUGUCUGAUCUCUCCUCCUUCACAGGCACUGGGAGCUCUAGGUUCACUAACCCUAGCAGUCUGGAUAAAACCAAGCUCUUCAGGGGAGAUGAUGCUGUUGGAGAAAAGUUCAGCCACUCGCCUGUCGUUUUCUGUGGCGGUGUCUGAGGACGCUGUCAUGCUGCAGUACGGCCAGUCCAGCAGUCCAAAGACUUCUUCAGUGAGCUUCAGAACAGAGGGCAGGCUGCAACUGGAGACAUGGACACAUCUUACUCUGCAGAUCCAUGACAGACACGCAAGUCUUUUUAUUGAUGGGCUGGAGGACGAUGGAACCCCGUUUGACACAAAAGAUCUGACCAGCAUGCUCUUUGAUGUUGGUGAUGACGGCGCCAUGUGGGUCGGACGGAGUUCCAAUGGGUCUAAUCAGUUCAUUGGACGGAUGCAGGACUUUAGAUUUUAUCCUGCCACGCUGACCAACAGAGAAAUAGUUGAGCUGUAUUCAGGAGUCUUCCCAAAGCUUCAUGUCCAGUCCGAGUGCCGCUGUCCUCCCAGUCAUUCCAGAGUACACCCUUUAAUUGAAAGGUACUGCAUUCCCAACGCGGUUGAGGACACCACCACUGAUAGAGUCUUACGACUGAACCUUAAGGCUCAUUCACUUGGUUACAUCAACGAUCAGGACAUGAGCACUGCUUGGCUGUCUAAGAUCAUGACUACACAAGAACUGGAGGAAGGAGUUACAAUCACUGUUGAUUUGAGUAAUGGACAGUACCAGGUGUUUUACGUGAUACUUCAGUUUGGGGGACUCUUGCCUGAGUCUGUUCGGAUUCAGAGACGGAAGCUUAACCUCAGAGCGUCUGAGAGCGACAUCGGCACUGAACAGCCCUGGUUGGACUGGCAAUAUAUGGCCAGAAACUGCAGCGACUUUGAAAUGCAGAACAAUGGACCUUUACUGAGACCAGACUCAGUCAAUUGUGUGCAGUUGCCCAGAGAUGCGUCUUUGUCAGGAGGCAACAUCACUUUCAGCCUACUGACCAGCCUCCGACCUGGAUACAAUGACUUCUACAAGAGCCCUGCCCUGCAGGAGAUGGUACAAGCAGCCCAGGUCCGAAUCCAUCUGAGAGGACUGUACCACAGCAGAGCAGCGGGGGUCAACUCCCGACACAAAUACUUUGCAAUCAGAGAGAUAACAAUUAGUGGCAGGUGUGAAUGUCACGGCCAUGCUGACCACUGUGACACCAGUGUCACACCUUACCGCUGUCUGUGUCUGCCAGAGAGUCACACAGUGGGAAAUAACUGUGAGCGUUGUGCUCCCCUCUACAAUGACAAACCCUUCAGACCUGGCGAUCAGCUCCAGCCUAUGAACUGCAGACCUUGUGAGUGCCAUGGCCACGCCCUCUCUUGCCAUUAUGAUGCUGAAGCUGACGACCAACCAGACGAGCACUAUCGAGCAGGAGGAGGAGUUUGUGACAGCUGCAUGCAUAACACUACAGGAAAGAACUGCGAAGAGUGCAUGAGCGGCUUUUUUAGGCUGCAGGAUUCGGAUCCGUCUUCAGCGGACGUGUGCCGGCCCUGUAACUGCAACACUGCUGGAACGAUCAACAGUAGCUCAGAGUGUGCCCAGAUAGGAGGACAGUGCCGGUGUAAGGUCGCAGUAACAGGCCGUCAGUGUACGGAAUGUUUGCCUGGUUGGUACGGUCUGCAUUCCUCUGAUCCGAAAGGCUGCAUUUCCUGCAACUGUAGUGACCUGGGCACAGUUAGCACCACGUCAGGAGAAGUUCCAAGCUGUGAUCAAAACACAGGACAGUGCCAGUGUAAACCUCAUGUCACAGGUCUUACGUGUGACCACUGUGAGUUUGGUUUUUGGAACCUUUCCCACCCGGAAGGCUGCAUUCUGUGCGGCUGUGACCCUCUUGGUUCUCUUAGUCUGUUUUGCGAGCCUGAAAGGGGCCAGUGUGAGUGCAAGUCUGGGGUCGGAGGUCGCCGGUGCGACUCCUGUGGGCGUGGCUUGUAUGGUUUAAGGACGGAGGGAACCUGUUCGACCUGCAACUGUUCACGCAGUGGGACGGAACCUGGAACGGACUGUGAUCCGUACACGGGACAGUGUGUGUGUAAGGAACAUGUAACCGGCCAUCACUGCGACUCUUGCCGCCAUGGUUACCACACCCUGGAGCAGCGGAAUUCCCUGGGUUGCCUUCCAUGUGUUUGUGACAGCAGUGGAACUGUGGCAGAGGGCGUUUGUGAUACGAUGACUGGACAAUGUCCAUGCAAGGAGGGGGUAGAGGGAGUGCAGUGCAACAAGUGUGCAUCCAACUACUACAACAAGAGUUCCGACAUGGAGGAGGUUUUAUCUCAAGGCUGCGCUCCGUGUAUUUGCGACCCUCGAGGAACAGUGGCGGGUUCAGUCUGUGACAGCACCACAGGGCAGUGUGUUUGUGUUCCAACACGCCACGGAAAGGACUGCAGGAACUGUCGACCAGGAUUUCACCUCUCUCCAGACCACAGUCUGUGUUUGGAGUGUGACUGCCAUCCAACUGGAGCUUCAAGUGGUGACUGUGACAUCCAAACUGGACAGUGUGUGUGUGCGGAUUCCUCUGUGGGAGGACAACGCUGUGAUCAGUGUGUUGAGAUGUUCUUUGGGUUCAACCCGGGAUUGGGCAGAUGUCAGCCUUGUGCAUGCGACCAGGCGGGCAGCGUCAAUGGUUCCUGCCAUCCUGACACAGGCGCUUGUGUGUGUAAGCUCCUGGUAACUGGAGGCAAGUGUGAUUCAUGCCAGCCUGGAGCAAGUCAUUUGGAUCCCGAGAACCUCUUUGGUUGCAGCAAAGCACCCUCCCAGCAGCCUGCACCAUUAGGCUUUGCCCUCAGUUAUUCCACCAUCCACCUCUCUUGGAAUCCUCCUGACUCCCCAAACUCCCACAAACUUAACUACACUCUCCUCAGAGAUGGGCAGUCAGUUCAAACCAUCCAAAGUUUCCACCCUUUCACUCCCGAAUCAUUUGAAGACACCGGUUUGUUCCCUUAUACCAACUACACCUACUGGCUUAUAACAUCCAAUGUGGCUGGGGAGACAAUCAGUGGCUCAGCUUCGUAUCAGACUUUAAGCUCACCGCCUGAAGCUGAUGAUCUUCAUGUAAACCUGCUGGGAAGACCAGCUCCAACCAGUGCUACCUUUAGUUGGAGAACGCAGAGGAACGAUACGGGCCCAGUUGAAAAGUUUGUGUUGUCCACGUCAGAGUCUCUGCAUGGAGCUGACCCUGUGGUUCACUACACAGGACUAUCAACACAAGCUGUAGCAACUGGUUUAAAGCCAUUCACACAGUACACUGCAGUUUUAGAUGCAUGCUCCUCAGGGGGUUGUACUUCUAGUGCCCCAUUGUCUUUUCUGACUGCCGCUGCUCUGCCACAAAACCAGCCUGCCCCCAGGGUCACCGCCGCUGGACCUCAUACCCUCCAUGUUUCCUGGGAGCCUCCCAGGGAGCCCAAUGGUGUUAUCACAAGGUAUGAGGUCUUCCUUCGUGGGCCACUUGACCCUCAGAACCUCUCAACUCUUGCCGUUCCGAGAAGAGUUUUCUACAGUUCCGGUUGGCUGGAUCCAAGUGUCUCCUUGGAAAAGGCGCGAGUCAAUAGAAGCGAAGCAUCGCCCCCCGAAAGCACCACAAUUAUUGCAGGACUGCAAGCGUUUUCGACCUACCAGCUGAGAGUUGUGAGCAUCAAUAGUGCAGGAAGUGUCGCGUCAGAUUGGACCACAGCACACACUGAGGAAGGAGUCCCAGAGUUUGUUGCCCCCCCAGAGGUGUCAGCACUGUCUGCUACAAGUCUUCAAGUGACCUGGAACAAUACUGAGGGUGAAGGUUUGAUUGCUAGAGGAGAGGUAAAAGAGUACCAGGUUAACUUGCUUACUCUGCAGACAACCAAUCCCUACGCUCCUCCAGUCGUUAGUAAGGUCUUACACCGAGUGGAACAAUCAUCCCCCCCUAUGUAUGUAGUGAAAGGACUGAAGCCUUUCCACGUCUACAACUUUACUGUCACUCUCUGUACAAGAACAGGCUGCAUCAGCAGUCAGCCCAGCACAGGCCGGACUUUACCUGCAGCACCAACAAACCUGCUCUCACCACAAUUACAUCCGGUAAAUGAAAGCACCAUUCACAUAACCUGGGAUCCCCCAGGACAGCUGAAUGGACCAAGCCCACUUUACCAGGUGGAAAGGACAGAUGUAUCUCUCUCCGACCCACAACAAAGAGUUGUUAGAGGGACCAGAUUUCCAGGGAACGGUUAUUAUCUAUUUCCAAGUAAUAUUCUGCCAAGCAACAGUGACUUUACAGGAAUUCAGAUCAGCUUCAAGACUCGUUCUCCGGAUGGCCUCCUGCUUUGUGCCUUCUCUCCAGGAGACCAGGAAGAGUUUCUGGCUGUCCAGUUAAAAAGCGGACGCCCCUACUUUUUGUUUGAUCCCCAGGGCUCAGCAGUGGCUGUGAGCGUAAACAAUGAUGGAGGUCACAGCUACAGUGAUGGACAGUGGCACACCAUCACAGCGCUGAGGCGAGGGGCCGUGGGAACAAUCGUUCUCGAUGAUCGAUACAGCGGAAGUGCCUCAGCUUCCAGUGGCAGUACCAUCAUUGGUGAGAACAUGGGGCUGUUCAUUGGUGGGCUCCCCAAAGAUUUUGUUCUUCUGAGAGAGGAUACAGGAGAUGCCCAGCUUGUGCGACAGGGCUUUUCUGGCUGCCUCAGAGAUGUGAGUUUAAAGAUGACUGACAACCCCUCAGAGGAAUGGCAGUCCCUGGACUGGACAAAAGCCACAGAGAGAGUGGCAGUGUAUGAAAGCUGGGAGGGAUGUCCCUCGGAAACUGUGGAUGGAGCCUAUUUUCUGGGUCAUGGCUACUUGGAGUUGAGCCCUCACGUUUUCAGUGGCGGACAAGACUUUAAGAUUUCCAUGGAACUCAGGACCGACCAACUCAACGCACUUUUACUUUUCACAUAUCAUACACAGUCUGAAGACUACAUGCUUGUGGAGUUAAACUCUGGUCUCCUGUCCUUCACUCUUGCCUCCAAUGGUCACACAACAGAACUCCGUAUGUGGGUGGGGCUUAGUUACUGUGAUGGCGACUGGAAGCAGGUGUCAUUGGCCAAAAGGGGCUCUGUCAUCUCAGCUGCAGUCGAUGACUGGGAAGAGGAAAUAAAGGGAGUUGCAGGUGCAAAGCUGAGGGUUGAUUCACCAUUGUACUUGGGGGGAGUUCCAACAAAACUCGUACAUUCUGCACUGAAAGACCAUAGUUACAAACAAGGCCUUGGUGGUUGCAUACGUGGUCUUAGAAUUCACAGUGAUGAAAGAAACCCACCUGUCAGUCAAAGAGUUCAUCUGUCUGUGGCCUCACGCCGCUCCGCUAGAGUCAACUUGGACGGCUGUCCCACCAGUGAGAGCAGGUUCCACUGCAGAGGAAAUGAUUCCGUGUUGGUGUACAGCGGCAGAAACACAGACGCCAUGGACUACAGUCUACAACCUUUUACUGAGCACUUGUACAGGUUUGUGGCCCUGGGCGCUGGAGGCUGGACAUCCGGACCGUGGCAGCGAGGACGCAGCCGAGGCAAAGCACCUGUUUCUGUUCCCCCUCCGAGCGCUGUGCAGAGCAUCAACGGCUUCAGUGCUGCUGUAAACUGGUUGCCCCCUACUGAUAACAGGGGACCGAUUGACAGAUAUGAACUAAGGGCUUACAACAGGGACAGUCCUGAAGUACCGCCUGUCAAAGCCUCAUACCCGGCUGAUGGAAAUUUCACAGGUGUUUUAACAGGCCUCACUCCAUCUACUCGAUAUAUUAUCACCGUGAGUGCGUGUGGUCCUGAUGGCUGCACUGAGAGUACAAUUGACAGUGACACUGGAAAUGAUUUGGGAUUCAGCCUCACAACUCCAGUGGAAGCCCCAGAAGGAGUGUGUUCUCCAUCAGCAGUUUCCUCUCCUUCGGCUCUUUUUGUAACUUGGGAACCACCAGGAAGGCCCAACGGAGAGAUUACUCAUUACCUCCUUUAUCACAACGACCAAAUGGUGUAUAGAGGGAAAAACAGACACCAUAACAUCACUGGUCUUGGUGUGUACUCCACCCAUUUCUUGGUUCUAAGUGCCUGCACUUCCAUGGGUUGUACAAACAGUUCCCAAGUUACAGCUCUGACCUCUCAGCUUCCUCCUGGACCCUUGCAUGCACCAACUCUAACCCCGCUGGACUCUCGGACUAUAUUUGUUGAGUGGUUGCGUCCGUCGCAGAUAAAUGGCGUCUUGGAGUUCUAUUCGAUCUACCUUUCACCAGAUGGGGCAGAGCCACUGCUGGCCUACAACAGCACUGCAGUUGUUGAAGACCACACUCUCCGAAACUUAACUCCUGGGACAUCCUACGUCAUUACAGUCGCUGCUUGCACAGGAGGAGGGUGCACGUUAAGCCCCCCGAGUCAGGCUCAGACUGAGGAGAGCACCCCUGAAAAUGUCCCUGCACCGCUGGUCACCCCUUUGUCACCACAUGCUCUCAACGUCAGCUGGAGUCCCCCUCACACUCCAAAUGGUGUCAUCACUAGUUAUGGCCUCUGGCUGGAUGGGGUUCUAAAAGUGAAUUCUAGUUCCUCUGAGAGGUUCUUCGUGGUGGAGGGACUCUCUCCAUGGAGUCGACACAUACUCAGACUGCAGGCCUGCACAGCACAGGGCUGUGGCAAAGGGCCCAUGGUGGAGAUGCGGACUUUAGAGUCGGCUCCAGACGGUCCUCUUCUGCUGGAACUGACCAAUCAGAGUGCCAGAUCACUCCAAGCCCGCUGGACAGCCCCUCCAAGAGCAAACGGACAUCUGAACUACACACUGUACUACAAAAGCAAAGAUAGUGAAAGUUUGUCGGAUGGAGGUUCAACAGCAGGAGUCUGGAUGUCUGUGACUGACCUGCAGCCGUACACAAACUACAGCUUCUACGUCAGAGGGUGUAACACUCAGGGCUGUGUUGAGAGCCUGCCGCUGACUGUUACUACACUCCCAGCAGCUCCAGAUGGACUCUCACCUCCAUCUGUGGUUAAUUUAACCAGUACCAGUCUGAAUGUUUCCUGGACAUCACCUGCCAACUCCAACGCACCUGGUCCACUUUACUACAGCUUGCAGAUGAGAACAUCCCCACACAGGUUGAUCGUAAGGCUUGUGGACAAUGCAACCGACACAUUUUACUACUAUGUAACUGGUUUGUCACCUCACACACAAUACCAGUUCAGAGUGGUGGUUUCCCACCUUCACGGGAAAACAGCCGGCGCUUGGGAGACUUUCAGCACAGCAGAGGACAGUCCAGGACCAUUAGAACCUCCAAGUGUUCUUGGACUUCAAUCUAAAAGUGUGUUAGCUUCCUGGACUUCUCCCACACAACCAAAUGGAGUUAUUACAAAUUAUACCCUCUAUCUGUUCCCCAGCUCUGUAACCUUCAAAUACAAACCUAAUUCAUUGUCCAACGCAACCCAAAGCUUGCAUACAAACCAUAGUAUGCUGAUCAACUCAAACUCAAGUGUUGGGACACUAUCAGAUUUUACUACCCCAUCUGACUUAGACUUUAUCUCCGUGUCUCUUUUUAACACAAAUAUUGGAUCAAGUACUGUUGAAGACCCAACUCAUGCGGUCCCUAAUCAUUAUUCAACCAUGAAUCCUCAAAAUGUAGAGUACAGUGACACUCAGUCAACUCAUGAAAAAGUAAGCCAUGGUCCCAAGAGCGCUACAGGAAAUCUCAGCUCUUCAUUACUAGACCCAGAGAACAACCCUCGCAGCUAUAACUUUGAUCCUUUUUUAAAACCCAACCUUUUCACCAGUCCCAUCUCAAGUUUAUUUGGCUCUUCAUCAAGACUGACUCCUCUAUCAGUAACUGUUCCUGGAAAUACUACCAGCUUUGCUUUCGUCGACCUUCUUCCAUACCAGACUUACAUCCUUCAGGUGGAAGCAUGCAACAGUGUGGGCUGUUCAGUGUCUUCAAUGUCUCAGCGAUUUCAAACUCUCCCAGCUCCCCCUGAAGGGGUUCCUGCCCCUCACCUUUACUCUGACACUCCCACCUCUGUUCUGUUAUCAUGGGGAGCCCCCGAGAAAGGCAACGGACCAUUGGAGCGCUGGCUGAUGGAGCGCAGACUUGUGGGAACCAAAAAAGUUUCCAUAGUGGGCCAUCUUCCUCCAGACCCUCCCCCACUUUCUUUCCUUGACUCCUCUUCAGCCCUCAGUCCUUGGACUACUUACCAGUAUCGACUUGUGCUUCAGAAUCAGGCUGGAAACGCUACAGGGCCCUGGGUCAAUGUCACUACUAGGCCAUCUCGACCUGCUGGUCUCAGUCCACCAAAAGUGAAGGUAUUGGGACCAGAAUCACUUCAAAUUGCGUGGUCCCCUCCUCUUAUACCCAACGGAGAGGUUCACGGGUAUGAGAUCCGCCUCCCAGAACCCCGGUUCUCCCAUCACGCCGGCAAUGGAUCCCUGCUCAAUGUCACCGUAGCAAAUCUUGUUCCCUACACAAACUACAGCGUCACAGUGCUUUCGUGCUCGGAGGGUGGAGGUCAUGUUGGGGGAUGCACAGAAAGUCUCCCAACUCCUGCUACCACAUUUCCCACAAGCCCCGGAGACCUUGCACCUCUGUCAAUAGUGUCAGUGAGCGAAUCGUUCCUGGCUAUUUCCUGGCAACCCCCAAACCGCCCAAAUGGACCAAACAUCAGAUACAAGUUGCUCAGACGUAAAACCCGUGAACCCCUGGCUGCAACCUCAGCCCCCGCAUCAACAGCCCCAUCCCCGCCUCCCUCUGAAGAUCUCCAUCGGUGGCUCCAUGUUUACUCCGGGACCAAAUUGUUCUACCAAGAUAAAGGCCUAAGCAGAUUUACACAAUACCAGUACCAGUUAGAGGUUCAAAAUGAUAUGGGUCACACUGCUGGAGAGGUUUUCACUGCAUGGACCAUGGCAGGGGUACCGCAAAAGUCUCCAUCAGUGUCUGUUCAUGCUGUCAACCACACGGCCUUACAAGUCAACUGGACACAACCAUCUUUGCAAGAUCUGCAAGGAGAGGUAGAAUGUUUCUUCCUCACAGUGGAGCCUCCCCAGCCAGGUCUGACUCGAACGUUCGGACCAGAAGACAAGUCUAUUGUGAUUAGCAACCUUUGGCCCAGUACGAACUAUCAAGUCUCAUUACAAGUGUUUAACGGAGCACACAAUACAUCCAAGACUAUAGUUAAUGCUACCACAGCAGAUGGAAAGCCAGAAGGGAUGUUGGCACCAGAGGUGGUUCCUUUAAACAGCAGUACAGCACGUGUUCUUUGGUUUCCUCCUCUUCAACCCAAUGGAGCUGUUACUGGUUACAAUAUUUAUGUUAAUGACCAUUUGAAUGAAAGUGUGGAUCCAAACUCUGGCUCAUACCUGCUGGGGGACCUACUGCCUUUUACAAUCUACAGUAUUCAGGUGGAAGUGUGCACGGAAUAUGCAUGUACUAGAAGUAAUGUCACAAAAACGACCACUGUAGAAGACCUGCCUGCUGAGUGGACCACUCCACAUGCUCAAGUAAUCGGUCCCAGAUCGGUACGACUCCAUUGGUCCCAUCCAGGCAAACCCAAUGGAAUUAUGCUCGGCUAUGAGGUUUUAAGACGGACGCUUAGAUCGUGUGCCCAGGGGGCCACAAGGGUUACACCAUCCUCUGGGAGACACCUGAACAAUGCAGGUGUUUCCAGGUUUAGAUGCUCAUACCUGCAAUGUCCCUUGAAUCAUGAUGUUUGUGUGACAUCCUGCUUCGAUCCAGACACUCAGGUUUGCUGCAGCGGACGGUUACACAUGAAGAAGCCGCAUCAUUAUUGUUGUGACGGCAGUUAUAUGAGUUGGAAUAAUUUCUCCAUCCCAGUGUGCUGCGAUGGCAAACUGAUCCCAUCUCUCCCAGGGCACCAGUGCUGUGAAGGAUAUUAUGUUCUUGUUAAAACCAAUGAAUACUGCUGUCCUGACCACUUGCAGGGCCGAGUCUCUGUGGGGCUGGGUGACAGAUGCUGUGGGGGGGUUCCUUACUCCAUGACAGGCGGCCAGCUCUGCUGCAGUGGGAGCCUUCAUGAUGGCUAUGGGGUUCAAUGCUGUGGAGGCCGGCUUGUAGAUGAUGCCCUGGUGUGCUGCGGAAAUGCAGAGAGUGGGGAGGUGUACAAAGACACUCCAGGCUUUAUCUGCUGUGGUACAGAGUACAUAAACUCCUCAACCUCUCUUUGCUGUUUGGGCAAUGACGGAUAUCCCAUAAUACAUCCUGCUGGCAAUGCCACAGUGACAUUGAAGUGCUGUGGGUCAACGGUCAUACAUCAGGAUGAGGAAUGCUGCAGUGGGGUUGGAUUUGACCCCCAACAUCAUGUGUGCGCUGACCGGGCCACACCUGGCCUGGUAAUACAGCAUCAGUGUUUGCGGGGCUCGGUGUGUCCUGUCGCCGCAGCAGCCUCAGCUUACUGUGGCUCCUGUGACCUUGAUCCUUCUCUGACUGCCUGCACAUGGGUUCUGAUUGACACACAAUCCAUGCCCCACUCGCCGUUUAUCAGCGAAAUACAAGGGACUCGCACUGCAGGCCUGUCAGUGCAUGCAAACAGAAAUAAUACUUACAAAAUAGCAGACAUAUACAGUCACAGUAACACUGAGCAUGUGCCAUCCGAGGGAAGCCUUUGCCCAUCCCCUGAGGAGGUGGUGUACAGCGGUGAUGCCAGCAGUCAGUCAUAUACAGACUCUGACUUGGAGCCCUUCACGAUAUACGAGUAUAGAGUUGGAGGUUGGAACAGCUUUGGUCGGAGCUCCAGUAACAUUACAGCAGUGACAACCAGUGAAGACAAACCCUGGGGUGUGGCUCCGCCCCGCUGGAGUCGCCUCCGUGAACGAGACGACAUUAUCCAGUUAAAAUGGCAAUCUCCUGCCAGACCCAACGGGCGGAUCACCCAUUUUGUUAUACUGAGGGACGGACAGGAGCGUUACCGUGGAGAUGAAAGCAGUUUCACUGAUGUUGGUGGGAUCAGGCCUUUACAGGAAUACGGUUACCAGCUGAGGGCCUGUAAUCGGGCCGGUUGUACUGACAGCACAAAGGUGAUGGCUGUGACAGUUCAGGGAGUCCCAGAGGGGGUGCUGCCUCCAGUCGUAAAAGCUCUAAGCCCCUCCUCCCUCAGCGUGAGCUGGUCUGAGCCUUCUCGUCAAAAUGGAAUCAUACAAUUUUACCACCUGAACCAGAAUGGCAUCGGAACCGUGUUCACACACACUGGUGGACCCAGAAAUUACACUGUAAAUGGUUUGCAGCCGUAUACGAACUACAGUUUUGUGUUGGAAGCCUGUACAGCUGUUGGCUGUGGAGUCAGUCUACCAUCAACGGGACUCACCUUGCAAGCCAAACCUGCCGGUGUGUGGUUAAAGCCGAGGCACCUGAUAAUAAAUACAUCCGCAGUGGAGCUGUACUGGGACCAGCCGUCUCAACCUAAUGGACUCAUCUCCCAGUACAGGCUGAUCCGAGAUGGUCUCACUGUUUUUACAGGAGCCCGGCGUGACCAGAAUUGCACCGACACUCGACUUGAGCCAAAACGCAGGUACGUUUACGAGCUGGAAGCUGUUACAGGAGGAGGCACAGGUGUUAGUGACCAAUAUGCUGUACAAACACCUGCAUCCUGUCCCACGGGGAUCCCACCCCCACACAGAGUGACUGCGUUGGGCCCUUUUUCUGUCUCUCUGGCCUGGUCCCCUCCUGCUCAUUUCAACAACUCCGAACCUGUGUACUACAACAUCCUGUUCAAUGGCGGGAGUCACAACGCCAGAAUGUUUCAUGGCGGGCAGCACUUGCAGCUCUCUGUGUCGGCCCUCGAGCCCUUCACCAUUUACCAUGUAAGAGUGCAAGCUUGUCAGAGUGGAGGGUGUGGAGUUGGCGAGGGGGUCUAUAUUCGCACGCUAGAGACUGCUCCUGAAAGAUUGUCCCCACCAACUGUAAAGGCUGCUGGGGCUAAAGUCCUGGAGAUCUCCUGGACACCUCCUUUAAAACCAAAUGGAUUCAUCACCUCCUACCACGUAUUUAGGCGUCCAUUAGGAACAGAAGAGGAGCUGCUGGUUUUCAUCUGGUCAAGCGGUCCACUUCAGUUUGUCGAUGCAAGCCCUGCCCUGCAACCCUUCAGCUACUUUCAGUACAAAGUUCGCGCCCACAACUCCAAAGGCUCGGUUCUGAGUCAGUGGACUUCAGUAAGGACUUUACAGGCAAAACCAGAAGACAUGGCUCCUCCUACUGUCACACCUUCCGGUGCAUACUCGGUUCAUGUGAAAUGGAGCGAGCCAGGGCAGCCCAAUGGCCUCAUAUCUCAUUAUAGGCUGGUUUACAAGAAACACCAACAGGACCCGACUCUCAACCUGACUGCUGUUGUUGCCCUCACUGUGGAGGAUUCGAUUCUGGAAGCUACAGUCUACGGCCUUGAGCCCUACACCCAGUACAGUGUCUGUGUCGAAGCUGUGAACGGUGCAGGAAACGUCUUCAGUCCAUGGGUGGACAUCAGGACGUUAGAGGCUUCUCCUGGAGGCCUCGCUAACUUCACAGUGGAGCAGAGGGAGCAGGGCAGGGCUUUGAUGCUCAGCUGGGAUGAGCCUCUUGCACCUAAUGGAGUUAUAACGAUUUAUAGAGUGUACAGUGAAGGAAACCUGGAAUUCAGCGGCCUCACUCGCAGUUUCCUGUUUCGCCGUUUAGAGCCGUGGAGCCUUUACUCUCUAACUCUUGAAGCCUGUACGUUAGCAGGCUGCACACACACCCCACCCCAGCUCAUCACCACCGGACCAGCACCACCUGCUUCCCAGCCACCCCCUCGACCUCUCUCCGUUGGCCCAGAUAAUGUGUCACUCACUUGGAGCCCACCCUCCCAACCCAAUGGGCCAAUUGGAGAGUAUUCCUUACGUGGAAGGAGUCUGGAGUGGAAGGGGCGGAGUAAUGAAGAGGAUGGAGGCAAAGUGCUCUUAAUAAAAUCCUUUCCAAAAGAAGGUGAAACUCUCUCCUUCACAGUGACAGAUCUGCGUCCCUGGACUCAGUAUGAGUUCAGCAUUUGUGCUCACAACCCAGCCGGACAGACCUGCAGCCCCUGGAUCACUGUGUCGACCAAACAAGCCCCCCCUCGAGGGCUAUAUCCUCCAAAACUGAGUCAUAUCAAAGAGCGCUUCAGUGAGGUCAUGGUGACCUGGAAUCCUCCAUUUGAGCCUAAUGGGAUUCUUCAGUCGUACAGGAUUCAAAGAAACAAUGUCAACUUCUCAUUCAGCUUUGACCCAACUGUCCUCACCUACACAGAUCGAGGCCUUCAGCCAUUUUCAACAUACAGCUACUCCAUUAUAGCCUGUACAUCUGAGGGAUGUACGACCAGCCGUCAUUCAACCAUCACGACUCUAGAAGCUCCACCUUCUAAUGUGGAAGCUCCCACAGUGGAUGCUGUCACGUCCAGCAGUGUAAGCAUUUCUUGGAGUGAGCCUCCGAUGCAGAAUGGAAAGGUCACAGAAUAUGUGCUAAAAUUGAACAAUGAAGACGUCUACCGCGGGAAAGACCUCCAAACGGUGCUGCUGGAUCUUCAGCCUCACAUGUCCUAUGAGCUGGUUCUGUUGGCUUGUAACAGCGGAGGUUGCACCUCCAGCAUCGUCACAUCUGCUGUUACUGAUGAGGCUCCUCCCACUGGCCUGGCUGCCCCAACGCUUAAGGUCACUGGUCCAGAGUCGGUGGAAAUUAGCUGGAGGCCACCAGAACAUCCCAAUGGCAUCAUCACUGGGUAUGAACUCCGCAGGGAUGGUGAAGUUGUUUAUGUUGGCACGGAGACCCAUUACCACGACUUCACACUCCUGCCAAGUGUGGAGUAUAGCUAUGUGGUCAGGGCCAACAACAGCAGAGGAGCAGUGAGCAGCCAGGCAUCCACAGCAAAAACUCAUCCUUCAUCGCCUUCUGGUGUCAGUCUCCCAGUUCUGAAACCGCUGGAGGAUGGGCAGGUGAGAGUUGACUGGCAGACUCCAGCUCGUCCAAACGGAGACAUUGUGAGUUACACUGUCGACCUUAGAGAUCCGAUCCACCUCAGGGUCAUCAGCUCUGUGUUUGCUCCUGAGGACGGUGCCUUCUCUGAAAAACACACCAUUCUGCAUGGCCUGGCACCUUACCAUAGGUAUGAGGUAAGAGUGGAGGCCUGCACAGCUCUGGGCUGCUCCUCAAGCGACUGGUCCUCUGUCCUCACGCUGGAGGCUCCCCCUGCUGGACAGACGCCACCUCUGUUAGACCUUCAACCUGACCCAUACACCAACCUGCAGACCAGCUUUCUGGUCACCUGGUCUCCCCCGGUUAAGCCAAAUGGUAGAAUCCAGCGCUAUGAAGUACACCGCAGGCUGGAUCCCACCGCUGACACCAACAGGACCCCACCAGCCACUGUUGUUUACAAGAAUAUCUCCACUUCAUUCAAAGAUAGUGAACUCCAACCCUACACUGUAUACCAGUAUCAGGUGUGGGCGGUGAAUUCAGCUGGUCAUUGUGCCAGUCCGUGGGUCAGUGGGAGGACGGGUCCGGGCCCACCUGAGGGUGUCGGCGCACCUGUGUUUCUACAUGUCUCUGCAACCUCCGCUGUAGUGGACAUCCAUCCUCCAGCCAAACCCAACGGGCUCGUCAGUCUUUACAGAGUGCUGUCCCUGCACCGCAACAACCACACUCUGCUCUCAGAGGGAACCUCCCUGCAGCAGACGCUUCAUGAUUUACGCCCUUUCACUCAAUAUUGGGUUGGAGUUGAGGCCUGCACCUGUUAUCAGUGUUGUAGCCGGGGUCCACUGAGAAAGCUUCACACCCUCCCCGCUCCCCCCACUGACCAGCCCCCUCCUCGUCCCGUCACACGGACGUCCCGCUCCGUGCAGAUGGAAUGGGAUAAGCCUUUAGAACCUAACGGGGUCAUCGAGAGCUGUGAGCUUCAUCUCAGGUCCAGCUGUCCGCCACCCCCACAGCCUGUGCCCCUACCCUGCAUGGUGGGACCGACAGAAACCAUUUUCUCUGGAAAAAAGAAGAGCUAUAAUGUUACAGGUCUUCAACCGUACUCCACGUAUGAGCUGAGGGCUGCUUGCUUCAACAGCAUGGGCAGCGCUGCCUCCAACUGGACUGCUGUUCACACCCUCAGUGAAGCUCCACGGUAUGUGUCUCCCUUCUCAGUGGACAGCAACCUGACCACCAUUUGGCUGGACUGGACGGGGACCUUCUCCCUGAACGGCUACCUGAAGGAGUUCACAGUGACAGAGAGUCAGCUGAGGGUCUACACCGGUUUCUACAGCUACCUGCACAUCCCACGAAUCUCACGCAAAACUCUGUCCUUCCAGGUGACGUGUACAACAGACAGCGGCAGCGCCAGCACUCCCACAAUCAGAUACAGCCCAGUCAUAGGUCUCCUUGAUCCUGCAGACACUGAGAAACAGGGUGUCAGUGUGUCUCCAACACCGGUUUACUCUGAACUCUGGUUCAUUCUGCUGUUUGCCCUUCUGGGUCUGUUUCUGCUCGCCUUACUGCUGGGCCUCAUUUUGAGGAGAGCCUUGAGGAAAAAUCCAUCAGCCAGAGAGCGCCCUCCACUGGUCACGCUUCAGAAAACCAGAAAGUCUGGCAGCGGAGAGACGUACUCCGUGAGAGACAAACAAAGGAGGAGCUAUUCGGACUCUCAGAAGAGGUCCUGUCCUGAGCUGUGCUCUAAACAUCUCUCCAGCUUCAUGCUCCAUCCUCAGCGCCCCACAGGUCUGACAGACACGAGGAUCCCCGGUGGCGGCCCGUGCUUUCCCCCUAUGUCUGUCCUGCGAGCUCCCAACCAGACAGAAUUCACGCAGGCCUACUCCCAGCAUUCUUUGCACCGCAGCGUCAGUCAGCUGAUCGACCAAAAGUCCCUCAUGGUGGAGGAGGGCUGGGAUAAUCCGCUGGGCCACGAUUCUGGACUGUAUGUGGAGGAAGACGACUUUGUCGAUGCCAUCAAGGCCUUAAGUUCUACUAAGAAGGAGCACACCAUGUUCAAUGACACGCAUCUAUAGGAUAUGUUACGGUGCAGACCGGGUUUCAACCCAGACUGUGAAGCAGUGUUAUUGUCGUCUUAUUGCACGUGUGACUUCUGCUUCAAGCUAAGAGCCUUUACUGUAUUAACAGAAAGGAUCAAAUAUGUGUUUACACACGGGAGCUGUGACAUGAAAACCUGCAGGAUAUUAGGAGCUCGUAACAUCAAACUGCAGCAACAGCUGAAGAGCAUACUGUCAAAUUUCAGGAUGGGUUAUGACUCAAUGUGUCUGCUUGCCAACUAUUUGUAGUUUUGCUUUUUUUUUUAAGUGCAACUGGCUGAAUUGUAGUGGGCUUAAUUUAAUCUAUAUUUGUGUUACAUGUUUCUAGCAUCAGUUGUGAUUUAGUUGUUACAGAAAAUGUUGCCUUCAUGUUGUCAUUGUUAGUUUUACUUAUUAUGCCAAAUGUCUUUUUUAUUGUUAUGAUGAUGAGAAUCACAGAUGUGCCGUGUGAGUGUUAUGAUUAUGUAUUGGAUGUAAAGCCCAGACUGAAGUUUUUGCCUUAUUGCAUUAAUUUACUUAAAAUGGGAAGCAGGUUUAUAGUGGAACCAAGUUUUUACAUGUUAUGUUGUGUCGUUUUUCUGUGAGUGUGUCAGUAUUAGCUCAGAAAUCCAUCAAUAUUAGAGUUCAAUCUGUUAAAAAAAAUCUAAAGUGUUUUAGCAUUUAUAAGAAACGUUCAUUAGAUUCCACAGAUGGGGGUAGAAGCAGUAUUUAAUAUAAUAAAUGUUGGCUUUUGCUGUAUUAUAAUUUUUUUACAAUGGCAGUAUUAUUUAUGGUUGUAUGAUAAAAAGGUUUUAUUUAUAGAUAUUUAAUUGAUCAAUUGUUGUGUGUUUGUCAUAUUAUUAAAACAUUAAAAA